AUGGCUGUAACACCAAGCUCUGCUUUGGGUUAUCUCCGAACCCGAAGUCUGGUUGACUGUGAUACGCUUGACGUAAAAGUGGCACAAAUACUAGGGCCCUUUCAGGACUGCACGUCUAAUCAGGCUAUCGCACUCUUCGAGCUAUCAAAACCCGAACAUAAAGAAUUACUUGCCGAGGCUCACCUCAGAGCUGGAACACUCUUGAGGUCCAUGGCAGAGACCAAGGAUCCCCGCUUUGCUGGUAUUGAACUUGAUGAACUAGCUGUUGAAAUCGCGACUGUAAAAGUCGCCAUACAAAUUACGUCCCAUCUUCAAGGCAAAAUGCACAUCCAGACUAAUCCAUACUUUGCAUAUUCAACCGACAAGACAGUCGCAAACGCUUUUCGCAUCGUCUACCUCUUCAAAGAGUUUGCGCCUAACUGGGACAGUUCUAGAAUCUGCAUCAAGAUUCCCAGCACUUGGGAAGGUAUGCUGGCUUGUCGCACACUACAAUUAGCCGGUGUGCAUACCCUAGCCACUACGCUAUUCUCGAUGCCCCAGGCAAUUCUAGCUGCAGAAGUGGGCUGUACAUAUGUAGCACCUUACGUAAAUCAGCUGAAAGUACACUUUGAGCCUGGUUUUGUCGACCCGAAUAAACUAUUCUCCCUCUGCGUCGCGAUCCAAAAGUACUACAAAUCUGUCGGCGCCGUCACUCAAGUUUUACCAGCAAGCCUUACCUCAACAGACGAAGUACUUGCUCUCGCUGGUGUGGACCAUAUCACUGUUGCUCCACCUUUAUUAGAGCUUUUAUCUCUUCCCGACUGUCCAAUUACUCCAUCGUUCUUCGAUAGUGAUGUCUCGGAUGUGUCGGUGCUCCCAAAAACGCCUUAUCUCAAAGAUGAGGCGGCAUAUCGAAUUGCAUUUACGCGAGAUCUUGCGGGAGCAAGUGAAGAGAAGUUGACGCAGGCCAUCAACAUCUUCUGCGACAUGCAAGACAAAUUGAUCGUAUUGAUCAAGUCAAAGUCAGAGUAG